AGCAGUUGCAGUUGUUGUAUUUGGCGCUAUGUCGAAUCUUGAAGAUCGUCUCGCGGCCCGUCGGAAGAACUAUAAGAAAACUGGUGAUACUGACGAUACCCGACGUCGAAGAGAGGAUGAGACGGUGCAGAUUAGAAAGGCUGAGAAAGAGAAGCAGUUGGCUCAACGAAGAAGGAUGAGUAUUGGUGGUGGCGGUACUGCUGCUGCAGGCUCUAGUGGAGGUGGAACAUUGCCUGUACCCAACCUCCAAGAACUGAGUGAGGCAGUAGCUGGGUGCAACUCCCCUGAUCCUGUAGUACAGUUCAAAGCUACUCAGUAUGUGAGGAAGUUGCUAUCUAUCGAAAAGAAUCCACCCAUCGAAUAUGUUAUCGAGGCGGGCCUCAUUCCUCGUAUGGUGGACUUUCUCAAGGAUAUCAACCGUCCGGAUUUGCAGUUUGAAGCGGCUUGGGUACUCACUAAUAUAGCUAGUGGUACUCGAGUUCAAACUGAGGCUGUUGUUGGUGCUGGUACUAUACCUGUUUUCAUCGCACUAUUAUCAUCGCCUAGCUUGGAUGUUAAAGAGCAGGCGGUAUGGGCUCUUGGCAACAUAGCAGGCGACUCACCACCUCUACGUGAUACAGUCCUCCAAGCUGGAGUGUUACAGCCACUUUUGGCUCUACUCCGUGAGAAUGAUAAAUUCUCUCUAUUACGUAAUGCUACCUGGGCCUUGUCUAAUCUAUGUCGUGGAAAGCCUCAACCACCCAUUGAGAUGAUUGUUCCCGCCUUACCGACCCUCAGUAACCUCCUCUAUAGUCAUGAUGUUGAAGUGUUGACGGAUGCAUGCUGGGCUCUGUCUUACAUUUCCGAUGGUCCCAAUGAGCGUAUCGAGGCCGUCAUUGAGCACGGUGUAUGCCGUAGGUUAGUAGAGCUUCUAAAUCACGACAGUAGCCUCGUCCAAACACCAGCUCUACGAACAGUUGGUAACAUUGUUACUGGAGAUGAUAGGCAGACUCAGGUUAUCAUACAAUGUGGUGUUGCUGAGAAGCUCUGUCAGCUUCUAUAUAGCCCCAAGAAGAAUAUCCGUAAAGAGGCUUGCUGGACUAUAUCCAAUAUAACAGCUGGGAACCGGGAGCAGAUUCAGGAGAUCAUCAAUGCUGGAAUAGCGAGUAAGAUAGUGGAGCUGAUGGCUACUGCUGAGUUUGAUAUAAAGAAGGAGGCAUCAUGGGCAUUGUCGAAUGCUACAACAGGGGGAUCACCAGAACAGGUGGAUCAUUUCGUCCAAGCUGGAUGCAUCAAACCUCUCUGUGCUUUACUCGAUGUCAAUGAUACCCGUAUAGUGGGUGUAUGCUUGGAGGCUCUAGAGAAUAUACUAAGGGUGGGCUUACAAGCAAUGGAGGCGAAUCCGAGUCUAACUGAGAACCCAUAUCUACAACUGGUAGAGGAGGCCGAUGGUUUAACGAAGAUUGAGAACCUUCAAUCUGAUAGUAGUGAUGAGAUUUAUCUCAAGGCUGUACGCAUCCUUGAGAACUAUUUCCCAUUGGAAGGAGAGGAUGAUGUUGAAGAGAUGGAAGCAUCAGGCAGUGACUCGGCGACUGCUCCUCCCACUGGCGGCUUUAACUUUGGCUCUACUGGUACAUCUGCCUCAUCUGGUCGAUUCCAGUUUGGAGGUAACCAGUGAGGUACACAGGAGGCGAAGGUGUCGAAGUUUUUCUGUUGCUGUCAUCACGUUUGAGUGCGACGGCCACGAGCGUUUAUAUCACUGCUCCCUUAUACUUAUCUGCUAUAUACGUAUCUACAUAGAAAUGCUCAUCAUCAUGCCAAUGGAGGCUCUGGAAUUCGAAAUAUGACCGUACUACUGUCACCGCUUCCCCCUAUUGUAUAUGAUAUAUUCCUCUCGUUGCCCCCUUUCUUUGUCUGCUGCACUGCUCCUUCCUACUGCUAAGCUUAGUCAAUCAUCGUUAAGGAAUCACCCCAGAACACCAUUAUAGUGGUGAUGAUAUUCGUUAUUAAUAUUGUGGUUGUUGUCGUCGUCUCACCCGGAAUUUACUUGCUAUAUUUGUACUACUCCUGAUCGUCUUGCUGCUACUACUACUACUGUCUGUGCUACACCUGACUCUAGUUAACUCAGUGUAGUGGGUAUGAAAGCAUCCUAAGACGUUGCCCAUUGAUGGUGAUGGCUUUGCUCGUGGCUCAUAGUUUCACACACUGGGAGCUUGGUAAAGAAUCUUUAGCCAGGGAUUUGCUAGAAUAGUAGUAGAAGGCAUCAAGGA